AUGGCCUCUCAAAGCCUGCUUCCCCCCCUCCCCAAAACGCUUGUCCACCGCGUCCCCGGACCUCGCAGGCCGCUGCUACAAGCAGAUAUGCGGAAGCACAUCAUAAGACGCGUGCAUCGACUUCACGACCAGGAAGCUACCCGUCGGGUAGGUUACCGAGCGGACGUCACUGAUGCGGCAAGAGCUCGUGCAGAAGCCGGUGUACUCGGCGUUGUUGUUGUCCUCGAGGGUCUCGACCCUCGAAGGAGGUCUGCAGGUUGUGGAGUUGGAGAUCCACCUGCCGAGAUAUCUUCGACGCUAGCGUCUGGAAUAAGUAGUGGACGUUGCGAUCUUGCGCUAAGAGCUGGGCUCGCGACGCAAGACUAG